UUGUUGGUCCUGCGUCAGUGAUCGCGAUGGGAUACUGUAGUGUGGUGGUGAGCGUGUUGGCGCUGACGGCGCUGGCGACGGCCGAGCCGUCAAUCAGAGACAAUUCCUUGGACGGUGGGGAGCGAGUGCUGCUCGUGUCUCCGGUGUUGGCCCCUCCUAGGGACUCCAGGACACAUGACACGACGAGGUCAAGGCAGUUCCCUAUACUAGUGCUACUUGCUCAGGCGAACCCAUCGUAUGGUCGUCUGGAGCCCGAGGCCAAGUCCUUAAAAGGCAACCCGCAACCAAUUUACGUGAAGAAACUCGAAGACCAGGACAAACCUGAAAACCUGAACAGACAGAAGCGCCAUCUACUGAAGAAGAAAUUAUUAGGUCUGGGAGGAGGUGGACUAGCGUUCGGUGGAGGAUUUUCAAUUGGAGGAGGAGGCAUCGGCUUUGGCGAUGAAUCUUACGGCGGCGGUGGUGGCUACGGCGGAGGCGGUGGCUACGGCGGAGGCGGUGGCUAUGGCGGCGGCUAUGGCGGAGGCUAUGGCGGAGGCUACGGCGGUGGCUUUGGCGGGGGCCAUGGUGGUGGCUACGAAGAACCACCUGAAAAAAUUGUAGUCGUUAAAGUGGUUAAAGAUCGUGGUUACGGUCACCAUCACCACGGUGGUUACGAUGGUGGAUACGGCGGUGGCAAUGGAGGUGGCUACGGAGGCGGAUACGGCGGCGGCGGUGGUUACGGCGGAGGCGGUGGAUUUGGCUACGGCGGUGGCGGCGGCGGAGGUGGCGGCUACGGUGGAGGUGGUGGCUACGGCGGAGGCGGUGGCUACGGCGGCGGCGGUGGUCAUGGCGGCGGCUACCAACCUAACUACGGUCAUGGCGGCGGUGGUUGCGGAGGCGGAUGUGGUGGCAACGGAGGCUACAGUAGUGGCACUGCCACCGCUACCGCUACCGCUACUGCUACUGCUACUGCUACUGCAGGCGGCGGUGGUUAUGGAAAACGUUAACUUCGUCGUGCUCAGUGAAAUAUCAGAGUGUUUCGAAGUGCAUUGAACAAGCUGUGAUCAUAGGUGACAGGACGAUUAUUACUCGCUAGACACCAAAUGGCUUUAAUUACUUGGUAUCCAUGUAAUUACAGAUAGAAACCUUAACACUAUUGUGAGUAGAUCUAUUUUUAAAUGCAUUCAAAUGUACCUAUUUUUAUGUCGUUCUGAAAUAUUUCAGUAAUAUUGAAAUUUGAUACUUGCUACAGUUUAGACUAGGUUUACUUUUGAGUGUUGGAACAUAUUCAUUUUUUUUUUCUAUUAACUUUGUACUAAAGAUGCAGAAUUUUAGUAAACUUUUUUUAAGAAUAUUUAUAGAACUAUUUGUAGUACCUAUUGUUUAUUGAUGUAAAGGUAAUUAGUUUGCCUAUACAAUCAGGUAUGUAUUUAUAGUUUAUUUCUGUCAACCAAACGAUUUCCUAUCUAUUGUUACAUGAAUCCUUGUACUUUUUAUACCUAAGUAAUAAAAUAAUUGAAAUACAGUUAUUUUUA